AUCGAGUACAAAGGCACCAAACUACACGGUAAUGCUGAUGGCUUGUCACGUCUUCCACUAAAGUUGACAGAAGAGUCAAAGGCGAUGGAUCCAGCUGACGUGUUUCAAACCUCAAUUGUGAGUCAGUUUCCUGUGACAAAUGCCACUAUUCAGAGAGAAACCCGCAAUGACCCAACAUUGUCUAAGGUCUAUGAUAUCACUGUACAUGGGUGGCCGACAAAAGGGAACUCCCUAUAUCCAGCAUUCGCAGCGAGGAGAGAACAGCUUUCUGUGUGUCAAGGAACUCUAAUGUGUGGCUUACGAGUCGUCAUUCCCUCCAAAUUGCGCAGUAAGAUGCUGGACACACUGCAUGAAGGACAUUUGGGCACUGUAAAAAUGAAAAACCUUGCCCGCAGUUACAUGUGGUGGCCGGGAAUCGACAAACAGAUUGAGGAUCUGGCAAAGGCUUGUCCAGGAUGUCAAAAGACACAGAACUCUCCGCCAUUAGCUCCCUUGCAUCCCUGGGAAUGGCCGUCAACACCGUGGCAAAGAGUGCAUGUCGACUUUGCUGGACCAUUCAAGGACUCAAUGUUCUUGAUCGCCGUGGACGCGCAUUCUAAGUGGCCUGAAGUUGUUCUAAUGAAGACAACCACAUCCGAAAAGACUGUUUCUGUGCUAAGAACAAUAUUCUCCAGAAAUGGGCUGCCAGAACAGAUAUGCACGGAUAAUGGACGACAGUUUGUCUCAGACGAGUUUCAGAAAUUCAUGAAGCUGAACGGAGUCAAGCACAUUACUUCCGCACCAUACCAUCCUGCCACUAAUGGCUUGGCAGAAAGGUUUGUACAAACCUUCAAGAAAGCAAUAAAAGCAAUGGAUAAUGACACUAUCUCGCUCCAACACAAAAUAGACAACUUCCUUUUCAUGUACAGAAAUGCCACUCACUCCACGACUGGUCAAACACCAGCGAUGAUGUUCCUGAAGAGGAAUUUAAGAUCUCGUUUGGAUCUCAUCAAACCUGAUGUUCGACGAGAUGUAGAAAACAAACAAUUUGUGCACAUGAACAAUAGACAAACAAGAAACUUCCAAGUAGGACAAGAAGUCUUAGCACGUGACUACAGACUGGAAAAGUGGCAGCCAGGUACCAUCACCACCAGAACUGGACCCUUGAUGUACACAGUAAAGGUUGGAGACAACACAUGGAGACGGCAUGCAGAUCAGCUGGUGGAUCGGCAGACAAAAUCCUCGCUGUUACCUGUUUCUGAUUCACCUGACAAUGUCCCUGAUGUAAAUGACAAGGUCAAUGAUGCUGUUGAGACUGCCCCUCUUACCUCAGUUAACACGAACGAUUCUGAACCACAAAAUGAUGAACCAGAUGGGACGAUUCCAGUUACACCUGAACAGCACCCAGGUUCACAGAGACGUUAUCCUGAGAGAUGUAGGAAACCUCCCCAAAGGCUUGAUUUGUAGUUGUGUUUUAGUUGGCAACAUUGUUCAGGUUAAUUGUAAAUGUUAUGCAGUAAGUUUAUAGUUAUGUAUUUCUUGUUUCUUAGGUUGAUUAAUCUAGGGGGGGAGGAAAGUGUAAUGUAUGUACUAUUGGG